AUGAUCUCUGAUACUCCAUUUUUAAGCUCUCCUUACUUGUCCAUCACUCAGGAAUUUUGCUGUAUGCCAGUGGUUUCCAAAGACUUUUCUUUUUGGCAUUUCUUUUUACUUUGUAACUUUAUUCUUUUUUUCUUGUUUUCAAUUCUUUUUUUUCUCUUCAUACCUUCUUUUUGUUCUAUCCUCUCUCUUUUUGUUAAUCUUUUCACUAAGUCUUUUUCUUCUUUCUUUCUUUCUUUCUUUUUUCUCCUACAUUUAUUUUAUAAUUUCUUUUCCACUUCUUUCUUGCUUUCUUUUUGUUUCUUUCUCUUUCUCCUUUCUUUAUCUUCAUUCUUAAUUAUUCUUCACCAAGCUCUUCUACCUUUUUCUUCCUUUUCUUUUUACAUUCUUUUUCUUUUUUCUUUCUUGAUCCUCUUUUCCUGUUUUUUUCUCCCCCUUUUUCCUUAUUUCUCUACCCUCUUUUAUCUUUCUUUACUCUUUUUUUUUCCUGGUUUCUUUCUCUCCACUGUUUUCCUUUUUAUUUCUCCAUCCUCAUUUCCUGUGUUCUUUCUCUACCUUCUUCUUCCUUUUUCUUUCUCUCCCACUUUUACUUUUUUUUUAUCUACCCUCUUCUGCCAUUUUCUUUCUUUACUGUCUCCUUCUUGUUUUCUUUCUCUACCUUCUCCCUUUUUCUUUCUCUACCCACUUCUUUCUUUUUCUUUCUUUAACCUCUUCUUCCUUUUGCUUUCUCUGUUCUCUUCUUCCUUUUUCUUUCUUUACCCUCUUCUUCCUCUUCCUUCCCUCUUCUUCCUUCUUCUUUCUCUACCCUCUUCUUUCCUUUGCAUUCUCUACCCUAGUCUUCCUUUUCCUUUCUCUACCCUCUUCUUUUCCCUUUUUCUACUCUCUUCUUCCUUUUUCUUUCUCUCCCACUUUUACCUUUUUUCUUUAUCUACCCUCUUCUCCCAUUUUCUUUCUUUACUGUCUCCUUCCUGUUUUCUUCUCCCUUUUUCUUUCCCUACCCUCUUCUUCCUUUUUCUUUCUUUACCCUCUUUUUCCUAUUCCUUUUUCUUUUUUGACCCUCUUCUUCCUCUACCCUCUUCUUCUUUUUCCAUUCUCUACCCUCUUCUUCUUUCCUUUGCCUUCUCUACCCUGUUCUUUCUUUUUCCUUUCUCUACCCUGUUCUUCCUUUUUCUUUCUUUACUCUCUUUUUCCUAUUCCUUUAUCUGUCCUUUUCUUCCUUUUUCUUUCUUUACUCUCUCUUCUUCCUCUUCCUUUUUUGACCCUCUUCGUUCUCUACCCUCUUCUUCUUUCCUUUUCCUUUCUCUACCCUAUUCUUCCUUUUUCUUUCUUUACUCUCUUUUUCCUUUUCCUUUAUCUAUCCUCUUCUUCCCUUUUAUUUCUCUUGUUUCCUAA